AUAAAAAGCAAAGUGCGCGCUACACUGUAUCGUUGAAUCAUUUUGUCUAACGAAGUCGUUUGAAGCAUGUCAGGAAGAGGCAAACAAGGCGGAAAGACCCGGGCCAAGGCCAAGACUCGCUCAUCUCGGGCCGGCCUUCAGUUCCCAGUCGGCCGUGUUCACCGGCUCUUGAGAAAAGGCAAUUAUGCCGAGCGGGUGGGAGCCGGAGCUCCAGUCUACCUGGCCGCGGUGCUCGAGUAUCUGACCGCCGAGAUCCUCGAGUUGGCCGGCAACGCUGCCCGGGAUAACAAGAAGACUCGGAUCAUCCCCAGGCACCUGCAGCUCGCCGUGCGCAACGACGAGGAGCUCAACAAACUGCUCGGAGGGGUCACCAUCGCCCAGGGCGGUGUCCUGCCCAACAUCCAGUCUGUGCUGCUCCCCAAGAAAACCGAGAGCGCCAAAUCUGCCAAGAGCAAGUGAGCUCUCCCCUCCAAAAAUACUACUGCCCUGACCACUCACCCAAAGGCUCUUUUCAGAGCCACC